AUGACUCACAAUGAAAAAGUGGGACAGAAUGAUGAAGAAAUUAUCAGAGAGCUGUGUGUGUGUAACGGCGUGUGCUAUGAGAAGAUUUGUGAGUACGGGAGCGGGCUCGAGGCUCUGGAGGUGUUCUUCUCAGGGUUUCCCCGCAUGGUGGGACUCUCUUUGUUCCCCCGGCUGGUUACUCUCACCAUCGUGGGGCAGAACGUUCACAAAAUCCAGGGACUGGACGAUUGCCCGUUGCUCCAGGAGCUCUGGGUGGCAGAGUGUCAGCUCACUGAGAUCUCGGGUCUGCAGAAGUGUGUGCAGCUGCAGAAACUCUUCCUCUACGAUAAUAAGAUCAGUGAGAUGAGUGACCUGGAGUCUCUGAUAAACCUGAGGGUCCUCUGGCUCAACAACAACCUCCUCACCGAGAUCAAGGGCUUGAGCACACUGGAGAACCUGACAGAACUCAACCUCGCUGAUAAUCUCAUUACAACUAUCGGAAAAAGUCUCGAGAAAAACAAGAAUCUCCAGAGUCUCAAUCUGUCAGGAAACAAGAUCAGCUCUUUUAAGGAGCUGACCCAGCUGGCGUGUCUGACUGAGCUGAGAGAACUCGGAUUGAAUGACCCACAGUCGAGUCCAAACCCUGUGUGUGUGCUGUAUAAUUACUUCACACACGUGUUAUAUCACAUCCCAACGCUACACACACUCGACUCUUACGACGUGUCUGCAAAAUACAUCAAAGAUGCUGCAGAGUCCACGGUGAUGAAGAAGAGGAUGUACUAUCACAUGCGUGUGCGCUGUGUUCAGAGACAGCUCAAUCAGAUGAAACACACACUGCAGCAACAGAAGAAGAAGCUACAGCAGCUGCCUAAGGAAAGAAUACACACACUCACCUACACACUCAAACAUUUGGAGUGUGAGUCCGAGGCUGCAGGCAGGAGGUUGGCAGGUGUGCAAGAGGAAGUGACAGCAGGGUCAGGUGAACACAUGACCUCUGACCUUUCUGAGUAUGAGCAGAGCCUGGAGAUGAAACUGAAGGCAAUCAGAGAACGGAUUAAGUUUUGGGAACAAAGAUUAGAGGAAGUGGAGGUACGUUUCCAGCAGGAUGUUGCCAUGACAACAGACCGGAAUGACAUAUCAAUACACUUCCUGAUGAUGGAACUUGAGACGGUGGGAAACAUUCGCUUUGAGGAAGGAAACACCAACCAUGCCUGGUUUAAGCCGUGUUACGACCUGCUGCUCUCUCGCUUCUGUGUUUGGGACUACAAAGCGUACAACAUCACCGGCAUCAAGAUCAACAGAAUCGUACGUGUGCAUCACCGCAUGCUACGUCUGCGCUUUGAGGACAAACUGCACGCUCUGCUGGCAAAUAACGAAUCCUCGCUUCUCUUACAGAUCUCCAAAAGCCGCCUGGAGUAUCUGUUUUAUGUGUUCGAUCCUGAGCAAAGCACAGAGGAAAUCCAACAAACCACUGAAAUCCUGAACAUUCUGGAGAACGGGUUUAAAUCAGCAGACAGUUCUAAGGCCAUGGGUAGAGACUGUGUUGUGCCUCUUUCUAACAGUAUCAGCGCGUGUGAGGAGCUGCGUAUCAGAUUUGUUCAGAGAAAAGCCACUAGCUGGGGAACUGAAAGCACAGAGAACCCUCUGCCCUUCAAACAGGGUCAGCUGAUCAUCUCUAAAGCAUUCCUGGGUCACAGCGUGCCGCUGAGAGCUGGAGUGCCGCUGGACGCAGCGUUUUAUCCCAAAGCUCACUCAGUGUACCACAAAGCCAGCACUAAGCAACACACCACCAAACGGGGCAACACAGGUGUGUUGUGUUCCUCUGAGCUGCAGGGAUACUGUGACUGCAGUAAGAGACAAACUUGGUGGUACGUUUUUGACCACGAACUCGUCCUGCCUGAGUAUCUCGUCGAUUUUGAGUAUAUCACACAGGACGGAUCCCAGUCGUCCUGCUUGAGUACCCCAGGCUCUCUCAAUGUCCCUGUUGCUCCUGACAAUGUCACACCGGUGUGUAACGAUGAGCAGGCCCUGGACGAGCAGGUUUUGUCUCUUGAACCCGUCCCAAAGCCACGACCCAAACUGCUUACCCUGGACGAGAGAAGUGUCCUGACAGCGGCUCGAGCGAACAUCCUCAGCCAGAUCACUGUGCUGAAUCUUCACGGGAACAGUCUGAGCAAGAUGAAGGAGAUUUCCCGUCUCAUGGCGCUGCGGCAGCUGACCAUCAGUUUUAACGCUCUCACACACCUGGACGACCUUUCACACCUGCCAAAUCUGGAGUGUGUGGAUGCCAGUUUUAACCAGAUCAUAACUCUGGAAGGCAUUCGAGGACUUCCCCGUCUCAGAGAGUUGGAUCUGCGCUGGAACCAGCUGAGCCAAGUCCAAGAGGACACGAGCGUCCUGUGCAAACACACACCUUCUCUGCAGCGCCUCGAUACCAGACACAACCCGUGGAGUCAGGGUGAGUCCGUGCGCAUGGUGGUGUUGGGCCAGUUGAAGACUCUCACACACUUGGAUGGAGUGUUGGUGACAGAGGAGGAGAUGUCAUCAGCCACGACACACAAGAACUCCACCUCCAAGAUCAACUUGACGCUGCUGCUCUCUCACUCCCGGACCGAUGUUGAUCAUCCGCGCUGCCUGAGUCUCCUCAAUGUGGCCCAGCUCCUCACACACCUCAAACCGUCACCAUGGAAACCCACCACUAACCUCGAACCUGGGUGGAGUGCCAAGAUCACAGCGGUGAAUCUGGACGGUCAGCGUCUGUCCCACAUCAGUAAUCUGGAGCAGUUGGUGAAUCUGCGCUGGGCCUCGUUUAAUAACAACCAGCUCACAAACAUCGAGGGGCUGCAGAACUGCCCCCUACUGGAGGAGCUGUCACUGAACCACAACUACAUCUGGACACUGGAGGGUGUGUCUCAGCUCCACCGGCUGGCGCGACUCAGCAUUAACAGUAAUCAGCUGCGGUGUUUGGACGCCUCUGUGUUGGACUGCCUGACGAAUCUUCAUUUCCUGUCUGCUGAAGACAACUGCAUUUCUUCCCUACAGGGGGUUCAAAGGUCACAUUUCCUGUUUGAGCUUUAUGUCAGCAACAACCACAUCAGCACCUUGCGAGACAUCCAUCACCUCAAGACUCUGAGUAACCUGAUUAUUCUGGAUCUGUAUGGCAACCCAUUAACAAGGACACUGGACAAUUAUCGGGCUAAUGUCAUCUUUCACCUGCCGUCUCUGAAAGCACUGGAUGGGACUGCUGUGGAGGUAUCAGAGCAUGAGAAUGCGAAGGACCUUUUUGGAGGCAGGCUAACAGCAGACACGUUGACUGAGAAACUUGGUCAGUGUAACUACAGAGAGAUGGAGGAGCUGGAGCUCCCGGGCUGCUCUGUCAGGAUGGUGGAUUUGGCUCCUGCUGAGCUCUUUAUGAAUUUGCGCAGUGUGAAUCUGGAGCGGAACAACCUCACCUCCUUCAGUGGCCUCGUCUACCUGCCCAACAUCAAGGUGUUGUAUCUCAACUACAACCACAUCGAGUCAAUUCUGCCACUUCAGAAAGUACACACUCACCUGAGCAGCAGACAGCAGCUCUAUCAGAAAGUUCACUCCAGCGGCUAUGGACAACAGAGCAGCAAGAGCAGCAGUAAGGAGUGUGUGAAUGUGGAGAGUCUGGAGCCUCUCAUGUGCAGCUUGGAGGUUCUCCAUCUCGGCUAUAAUGGCAUCUCAAACCUGAGGGAUGUGCAGCUGAGCCGCCUGAGUGGCCUGAGAGCUCUGUUCCUACAGGGUAAUGAGAUAGUGCAGGUGGAGGGUUUGGAUGGGCUUAGUCUCCUGUGUGAGUUGGUGUUGGAUCAGAACCGAGUGAAGAUGCUCAGUGAGACAUGGUUCAGCUCACAUACACACCUGAUCGAGCUGAGUCUGAAUGACAACCGCCUGCGCAGCCUCACACACCUGCAGCUCACAUGCCUGCAACGUCUGCACCUCAACAACAACAAGCUGCAGGAUAUCACGGAGUUGGAUAAACUGGAGGUUCUUCCAUCACUUAUAGAACUGUCUGUGGUGGGCAAUCCGGUGGCACGGCGUUCCCUCCACAGACCGUCUGUGGUUCUGCGUCUCCCCCAGCUGCAGGUUCUCGAUGGCAUCAUGGUCACACUGGAGGAACGAACACGAGCAGAGUUACUGUGUACUGAGGACACGCCCUCCUGUGUGGACAUGGUGUUUCCUGUCGUAAAGUGUCGUGCUCCACCUGCCCGAAACUCCACCCUGGGUAUCAGCUCGCAUCACAUGCUGAAUCACGAGAGCUUCAUCAGCGCCCAUGCUGAGGAUACACACUGGAAACACACGGACAGGAAGCAGAGACUGGAAGCGACACACACACGCAGCGCUCACAGUCACACACUCAGAGGAGCACUGAGUCUCACAGGACUGCUGCAGUACGACCACCGAGCGUAUACAAUACACACAGAGUCUGAGAGCAGGUAUCCCAGUGGAACCAAAUAUCCCCCCUAUAACACUGAUGUGUGA